CCCGCACGGCCGGCCAUGCGCGCCCCUCUGCGCCGUCCGCGGGCGGGCCAGGGAGGCGCGCGGCCCGGGGUCCGACAGUUUCCUGCCCGCGCCCGGACCGGUGCAGCGGAGUCCCGGGGUCGCCUCCCUGCCCGGUUCUUGCGUGCAGGCGUCCCAGUCCCGCCACAGCUCCAAGGCUCACGGGUCGGUUGGGCCAUGGGCAUCCUAGAACGUUUAAACUCUGGAGAAGUUGUGAUUGGAGAUGGAGGGUUUGUCUUCGCACUGGAGAAGAGGGGCUACGUGAAAGCAGGCCCCUGGACCCCAGAGGCUGCUGUGGAACACCCAGAAGCAGUUCGCCAGCUUCAUCGAGAGUUCCUCAGAGCUGGAUCCAAUAUCAUGCAAACCUUCACCUUUUAUGCAAGUGAAGACAAGCUGGAGAACAGGGGAAACUAUGUUGCAGAGAAAAUAUCUGGGCAGAAAGUCAAUGAAGCUGCUUGUGAUAUUGCCCGGCAAGUGGCUGAUGAGGGAGACGCUUUGGUGGCAGGAGGCGUGAGUCAAACGCCUUCGUACCUCAGCUGCAAGAGUGAAACGGAAGUUAAAAAAGUAUUUCAGCAACAGUUAGAGGUCUUUUUGAAGAAGAAUGUGGACUUCUUGAUUGCUGAGUAUUUCGAGCAUGUUGAAGAGGCUGUGUGGGCAGUGGAAGCCUUGAAGACAUCUGGGAAACCCGUGGCAGCAACCAUGUGCAUCGGCCCAGAGGGGGAUUUGCACGGCGUGAGCCCCGGCGAGUGUGCAGUGCGCCUGGUUAAAGCAGGAGCAUCCAUCGUUGGCGUGAACUGCCAUUUUGACCCCACAAUCAGUUUACAAACGGUGAAGCUCAUGAAAGAAGGUUUGGAGGCUGCCCGACUAAAAGCCCACCUGAUGAGUCAGCCGUUGGCCUACCACACUCCUGACUGCAACAAACAGGGAUUUAUUGACCUACCAGAAUUCCCCUUUGGACUGGAGCCCAGAGUUGCAACCAGAUGGGAUAUACAAAAAUAUGCCAGAGAGGCCUACAACCUGGGGGUCAGGUACAUUGGUGGGUGCUGUGGAUUUGAGCCCUACCACAUCCGGGCGAUUGCAGAGGAGCUGGCCCCAGAAAGGGGAUUUUUGCCACCAGCUUCGGAAAAGCAUGGCAGCUGGGGAAGUGGUUUGGACAUGCACACCAAACCGUGGAUUAGAGCAAGGGCCAGGAAGGAAUACUGGGAGAAUCUUCGGAUAGCCUCAGGCAGGCCAUACAACCCUUCGAUGUCGAAGCCCGAUGCCUGGGGAGUGACCAAAGGAACGGCUGAGCUGAUGCAGCAGAAAGAAGCCACAACUGAGCAGCAGCUGAAAGAGCUCUUUGAAAAACAGAAAUUUAAAUCUGCCCAGUAGCCUCCGUGGAAGCCAUUUUUGGUGACUUCUAUGUUUGGGCCACAGUUCCCAAAAAUAAGGAAAAGAUGGUUUAAAAAGAAUGCUUAUGUUAAUGCCAGGCUACGUAUAAAAUUGGUAGUAGCUAAACAAAACAGAACUACAAAUAGCCCUGGAUAAUUUAAAAAGUAUAUUUUAGAAAUUUACUUAGAAGCAAAGUGAGAAGUAAAUCUUAAACAGGUUCCCUAUCCCACACAUAAGGUAUUAAGGAAAUCACUGUGGCCAGUGAAAAGUAACUCAGAUAUUCAUUCCCACUUUAGUUAGUUUGCAGGCUAGUAAGGAGGAUGAGAUAUGAGCUGACAUGACAGUGACAGAUAGAGUGCUAUAGGGAAGUGACUUUCAAGUUCUUUUCAACAUGACCCUUAGUAAGAAACAAAAGUUUAAUAACCCAGUAAAACACAUACCAUACAAGCACUGAAAUAAAAUGUGUGAUCC